UGUUCUAUAUUCUAAAACAACAGAUUAACACAUCUGAAUGUUAAUACCAGGAAAAUUACUGCAGAUUUCUUAUAUACAUAUUUAUUACACACGUUACAAUUUGUGUGUAACCUUUUGUAUUGUUACCAUUAUGAUCUAGCUAAGAAACACUUACAGUGUGACACAUCUAAGUGUACUUAUAGUCAUUUUUGUAAUUUUUAAUCCCAGGCUGGCAUUUAGCAGGACUUUCUUACUGUUCAUAUAUUUAUAAAGGCUAGAAGAAAGGACGGACUUAAGGCAUUGGACUUUGGAUCAGAAUGUCAUGAGUUCAAAUCUUAUCCACACAAAUCUGCCACUUCUGGGUCCAUGAGUAAGGCCCCUAACCCCAUAGCUACUCAGCUGUAUGAAUGAGAGAAAUGUGAGCCAUUCUGUAGAAAGGCCUGUGAUAAAUGUAAUGUAAGGUACAAAGUAAACUUCUAAUAAAGCACUGAAAGAGUAUAUUUAUGUUCCAAUUAUGAUUUUCAGGGUUGAAGAAAAUCUGAGUGGGAUGGUGGUGCUGCUUCACAGCUCAAAUGUUCGAUCCUGAGCUUGGGGUGACUUACUGUAAGUUCUCCAUAAUAUGUGGAUUCCUUUUGGGUUUAGAUGAUAUAAUUGCUUAACACUUGCAGUACUUUAAUCAGAAACUGUAUUUUUUUCAGUUGGCAACGUUAAAAAAAUGAUGCAAAAAACAUUCACUUUAUACUUUCUGCAUCACGUCAUUUGCUGCACGUUCAGGUUGAUCCCGCCUUCAUUUGUGUGCUUGCUCCUGAUUGGUCCCGGGGCCCUGUCAGUCAUCAGCGCGCUGGAGUGGAGUAACAGUAGAGUCUGAGAGAGCGCGCUGGAGUGUCAUCGGGCUGCUGCGAGCCGCGGUGUGUAAUGUCAAUCUUAUCACCUCACACAGGACAGCUCGUAGCAGAGAUGAAGGCCGACUCGGACUCUCUCUGAUCGCUGCAUUCAGUUUUCAUUCAAGCAGAACCUUGCCCCAUGUGAAAUAGGGCAAAGCAGUGUACUGCAAUUGCCCACUUCUAAUAUGGCGGCGCUCAGCCCGGUUGGAUCGCUGACUGCUAUUUUUUUAUUUGUCACCGGCGGUCUGAUAAGCCGCUCGGACGGCAGCGAAGCGGCGGAGGAGACCGUCAUCAUCGGCCUGCGUCUCGAAGACACCGACGACGUGUCGUUCAUGGACAGGGGCUUAUUGCGCGUUAGCGAGAGGUCGCGCGUGAAGUUGCGGGUCUACGGGCAGAACAUUAACAACGAGACGUGGUCCAAGAUCGCUUUCACGGAGCAAGACCGCAGCAGCGUGUCCGGAGUCUCCGACAGUUCAUCCGUUUCCAACCCGGGGGACGCUGCUGCCUUCCAACUUUGUGGCAUCCGAUCGUCCGAUAUCAUCAUUCUUCCCAACGUGGAUGUGAGCCGAUCGACGUCUGGCGUCAUCGAGAUAGAAAUAAAACCUCUGCGGAAAACGGAGAAGAGCAAAUUGUACUACAUGUGCGUUGCCGCACCACCAGCAGCAGCAGCAGCACCUGCUGCCGGCGGUGUAAGCGACGCGUGGGCUGAGAACAUCUGGAUCUACCACGAGGGGCAUGACACCAAAAUGCUCGUCGUGGAGGAGAAGAAGUUCUUGCUGCCUUUCUGGCUGCAGGUGAUAUUUAUUGCAAUGCUUUUGUGCUUGUCCGGCAUGUUCAGUGGACUCAACUUAGGACUCAUGGCACUCGACCCCAUGGAGCUCAGGAUAGUUCAGAACUGUGGCACAGAGAAGGAAAAAAAUUAUGCAAACAAAAUCGAACCAGUGAGGAGUCAAGGAAAUUAUUUGCUCUGCUCACUGCUUUUGGGAAACGUCCUUGUGAACACCACCUUGACCAUUUUGCUGGAUGAUAUUGCAGGCUCUGGUCUGAUCGCAGUGGUUGUAUCAACCAUUGGUAUUGUGAUAUUUGGAGAAAUUGUGCCACAGGCUAUAUGUUCAAGGCACGGACUUGCUGUUGGUGCAAACACCCUGAUUUUAACCAAGUUCUUCAUGAUCCUUACGUUUCCUGCAUCCUAUCCGGUCAGUAAACUUUUAGACCAUGUGCUGGGACAGGAGAUUGGCACUGUGUACAACCGAGAGAAGCUACUAGAGAUGCUCAGGGUUACUGACCCGUACAAUGAUUUGGUCAAAGAGGAGCUGAACAUCAUCCAGGGUGCUCUGGAGCUUAGGACUAAGACCGUGGAGGAUGUCAUGACUCCUCUGCGUGAUUGCUUUAUGAUUGCAGCCGACGGAGUCCUCGACUUCAGCACCAUGUCCGAGAUCAUGGAGAGUGGGUACACACGCAUCCCUGUGUUUGAGGGGGACAGGUGCAACAUCGUGGACCUCCUCUUUGUCAAAGACCUGGCCUUUGUGGACCCUGAUGACUGCACUCCUCUGAAAACAAUCACAAAGUUCUACAGCCACCCCCUGCAUUUUGUCUUCAAUGACACCAAGCUGGACGCAAUGUUAGAAGAGUUCAAGAAAGGUAAAUCCCACUUGGCCAUUGUACAGAGAGUGAACAAUGAAGGAGAGGGAGACCCUUUUUAUGAGGUUUUGGGUAUUGUAACAUUAGAGGACGUCAUUGAGGAGAUCAUUAAAUCUGAGAUUCUAGAUGAGACCGAUCUAUACACUGACAACAAGACAAAAAAGAAGAUAACUCAUCGGGAGAGGAAGCAGGAUUUCUCAGCUUUUAAGCCAACAGAGAACGAGCUUGGGGUCAAAAUAUCACCACAGCUUCUACUGGCUACCCUGCGUUUCCUAGCAACUGAAGUCGAGCCAUUUGGUCCAGCUCAAAUGUCAGAGAAAAUCCUUUUGCGUUUGCUCAAGCAUCCCAACGUGAUCCAGGAGCUCAAGUACGAUGACAAGAACAAGAAAAUGUUAGAGCACUUUCUCUUCCAGAGAAACAAGCCAGUUGAUUACUUCAUCCUCAUCCUGCAGGGAAAAGUUGAGGUUGAGGCUGGCAAAGAGGGAAUGAAGUUUAAAGCUGGGCCCUUUUCCUACUAUGGAAUGAUGGCCUUAACAUCAUCACCAGUUCCACUCUCCUUGUCUCGAACUUUUGUUGUCAGCAGGGCAGAGUCUCUUGCAGGAUCUCCAGAGAAUAAGUCACCUCCCCGACCUUUUGGAUUGAACCACUCAGAUUCUGUGAACCGGAACGAGCGCAUGGAAGCCCUCACUCCCACCCUGGGCAGUAGCAACAACCAGCUCAAUGCCUUCCUGCAGAUCUAUGUGCCAGACUACUCAGUCCGUGCGGCCUCCGACUUGCUCUACAUUAAGGUGUCCCGGCAGCAGUACCAGAAUGCUGUCAUGGCCUCCCGCAUGGACAAGACACCUCAGUCUUCGGACAGUGAGUUCACCAAGAUAGAGCUGACUCUGACUGAACACCAAGACGGACCAGGAGUUGAAUCGUCCCCCUUUCUCAUCCAACAUCAGAACUCUAAUAACACACACAAACCCAAUCACAUCACACACACUGAUGGAACUAUCUAGGAGAGACAGGAAAUGAGGUGAGACGGCUAAAAUAUUUUCGGCCAGCUGAAGUUCGGGGAGCUUUCAUUGGGCAGCUUCUCUGGGAUCAACUGAAUCCUGUGAUUUUUUUCUUUAGACGUGUAGACUUUUCAGGGGAUAAGAGGGCAUGGUGAAAAACCACAAACCACAAAAUGGGAUGUGCUCAAAAAGUGAACAACCUAGGAACCAGCAGAUGUCACUUCCUCACUCACACAGCCACACUCGCAUCCAACAGCAGAGAGAGACUCGGAAGGGCGUUGCACUGUCCAAUGCCCACCAUCGCCACCGCCUAUUUUUUUAACAGCGACAAUGACCGUUCAUGCCCCAUCACUUCCUGUCAUCAAAGAUUUAGCACAGUCUUCUACCAGAGGUGUCAGUGCAAAGACGAACUAAAAGAGCAGUGUUAAAUAGAAAACAUCAGCUUUUGUAAAAGGUACACAUCAUUCAGGGACAUGCACAAGCAUGAGCGAGUUAUCAGGAGAUUCCUGCAGUGGACUUUAUUCAGCAUUGGUGUAUUUGAGAGUGUGUUAUUAAGAGGAGCAGUAAGAACAAUUUGACAUCUAGUUUGGCAUUAGUUUAAGUUUUUUUUUCUUACCUCAAAUUCAGCACGAAAUCUUGGAGCUCUCUGGGUUAUGUAUAUGCAGAGGAGAGUCUAGACUCCUUAGUAAUUUAGCAUUAUUUACAAAGAAGUAUAACCUUAUAGGAAGUUAAUUGUUUGCUUAACCUUCUUAUUUAUAUA